AUGCGCGCUUGUGCCACGCGCCGCGUGCGUGCAGCAGCGGCAUCCAUAACAGCGUCGGGGAUUCUAUCGGCGUUGCCCUUAAGAUCAGCUUCUGCUGCAGUGUCGAGAUCGGGUCUAUGCAACAACAAGGCUCCGCACUUCGCCAUCCCUCCCGUUUCCGCAGCUUUACGAUUGGCCUUUCAUCCGUCCGUGUCCUUCUGUAAAUUUCGGGACACUAGCGCUUAUGAAUCGUCUUUCUCCAAACGCGAUCUUAGCCGUCCGAUUCUCGCCUCUUGCCACGUGGCAGAAUCGGCGGUCAGUCAUGCCGUAGGAGUGGUAGCUGCUCGCGCGUUUUCAUCCGCGGGUAGCCCUGCGGGAGAGGAGGGCGCAAGCGGCGCAGCCAGGCGCAACAACGAUGGCGCAGACGCGGAAGGUUCAGCAAACUCCGAACCAGCAAGGUCAUCAGGCUCGGUGGACGCAGCAGUCGAGCCUACAGGUUCGUCAUUGCCUCGGAAGCGACCGUUCAAGGCGGCAUAUGCGCGGGCGGCGGAGGACGGCGGAGGCGGAUGGGUGGUGAUGCUGGAUGGGCGCAUGCUCCAAACUCCCGCCAAGCGCAUCAUCCGCCUGCCGUCCGCGGCGCUGGCACACGCGCUGGCGGCGGAAUGGGAGUGGCAGGAGUCCGCGAAGCUGCGUGCGUACACGAUGCCGCUGAUGAAGCUGGUGUGCACGGCAGUGGAUCAGAUCCCCACGGAUCGAGACAAGGUGGUGGCGCACCUGCUGUGCUUCUUCCAUACCGAUACCGUGCUCACCCGCACGCCGCUCCCCGCUCACCACGUGCAACCGCCCGAACCCUCCUUUUCCUCCUCCUCUUCCUCCUCUGCUGCCUCGGAUCUUAGUGCUCUCGCUGCCACUCCAACCACAGGGCCCUCCCUCCAAGACCUGCAAGCAGCAGCAUGGGACCCUCUGCUAGACUGGAUCGAGUCCGACUUCGGCGCCCGCCCCGCCGUCUCCUACUCUUUACUGCCGCCCGAUCAGCCCGACGCUGCCGUGAGGGCCAUGCGCUACGCGCUUCAGCCAAUGGACGCCUUCCACCUGGCAGCGGUGGAUUGCCUGGCGGGCCCCACGCGCUCGCUGGUGCUGGCGCUGGCGGUGGUGCGGGGGCGGCUGAAGAUGGAUGAAGCCAUGCGAGUGAUUCGUGUGGAGGAGGAUUUCCAGACGGACCGGUGGGGAGUGGUGGAGGGAGGGCACGACAUAGACGCAUCGGACCUCAAAGUGCGAGUGGCAGCAGUGUCGGUCUUUGUUCGCCUCCUAUCCAUGCCGUGA